UAUUAUUUAACCUAGCACUUUGAUAGGUCGUUGAACGUUGCCUUUAAAAACACAAGUUUUAUUAAAUACGAUGAAGUGUUGUGUUAAGAACUAAAUGAUGAGUGAAAGACUAAGUAAAUACGUGAAUACAGUUUUGUGGUUAUAUAUAGCAUAGUCUAGUUAUGAUUUUAACCUAGUUUGAAAACACUUUCAAGAACAUUACUAUAGAUAAUAAGCAGAUACUUAGUACAACCGAAUAAUGUUUACAAUACAACAAAUUAUGGAUUGAAUGGAAGAUUAACAUGACUUCCAAUAUUCUGGAUGAGAAUGAUUUGGAUUUUGAUGCCAGUGUUUCCUCAUUCAACAGUGAUAGUGAGAAGGUUGACAGUUCAUUAAUAAAAAGAAUCCUCUCAGAAAUGAAAAGUGAAUUCAAUAGGGGAGCUUGUGACAACCCAGAAGAAGCUGAUAAUGAAAAUGAUACUGAAAAUUGUAAAGAGGAGUUAAAAAUGGAUAAUUUACAUGUAAAAGAAGAAGGCAAUGAAGUGCUUGCAACGGAGCCUGCCAAUGAGGAUAAUGACUUAAGCAGUGUUGAAAAUGUAAUUGAAAAUGUAGAUGAGAAUUGUAAGAAUACUCCUAUUAUUGUAAAUAAAACAGUUUUUCAUGCUGAAGAGGAUGGUGAUGAACAGAAACCAAGGCUUAUAUUAACACUGCGCACAAGUGAAGAAGAUAGGGAAAUGGGUAAUAGAUUAAGUAGAAGAAUCAGUAUUUGUCAGAGUACAAGUGACACUGCCAAUACAAGUUUUUCAAGUGUUAGUGAUUCAUCUGGUAUUGAAAAAACAGAUUAUGAAGGUAAAGGAAGCAUGUGGGAAACUGUAAGUCGAAGAUCUCUAAGGAGUAGUAGUAGAUUAGUUGAUAGAGAUAAUGAAAAUACAGGUAUGAAAAGGUCAUCGAGGCGAUUUUCAAAGGAACAUUGUAGAGAAUCUGUUUUACAAAGUGCGAUAGCACGUAAAGAAAAAUCAUUUAGUUCUCUGAAUCAGUUUGAAGAGAGAAGUAGUCGUCGUGGUGCUAGAUCUCCACGUCAAAGUUCAAAUGAGCCAAAAAUAAAUAAACCUGUCACAAGGUCUAAGUCUCCCAAAAACACUGCUUUAGAUAAAAGUUUAACACCAGAUUCUAUUUCAUCUGAAGUAGUUCUUAAACAGGGUGAUUUAUGUGAUACAAACACUUUACUAUCAAAUACUGAAAGCGAUUACAGUGUAUCUUUAGCAAAAAUAGAAAAUGAUGACCUGAGUAAUGAUUCUAAUGAUACAGUGAAUAUUAACAGUGCCAGCACCAACAGUCAGACCAGUGAGCCAUCGAUGGAUAUCAAGCCUUUGAAGACAAAUAAAAUGUAUACAAAAACAGGGAAAAGACGAACAAAAUAUUAUAGAGGACUAAAGUACUCCCUCACUACUGGUGGGAGUGUGGUUCGUAAAAGAACCUUAAACGUGGGUAGGAGAACAAAGAAAAAAAAUCAAGAAGAUCCAGUUAUUUCAGUGACUAUUAACAGUGAAGACAUAAAUCCAAAAAAUGUUGUUAAUGCACAUAAUAAAAAUGACAAUCUGAUCUCAGAUGGUACAGCAGGACUUGAUGAAAAGAGUAAUAAUGAAAAAACAAUUAAAAAUGAGUCAAAGGAGGCGGAAUACCAAGAAAGUAUUAAAACUGAACUGGUUACAAAGGUUAAAGAAGAAUCAUGGAGUGAGAAUGAGAACCCAGCUGUAGCAGAUGGAUGCCAAGCAGUAAUAAAUAAAAGAAAACUUGAACCGGAUAUAGAAGAGUCAGAUGCUGAGGAGAAAAGACGCCGAGUGGAUGUACCAUCACCCUGCCAGGGAGAUGUGGAAGCAGAACCAAAUAAGCCCGAGGCCACUGCAAUAUCUAUUGGUGUGGGCACGGCAGGUGUGUGUCUGUGUAAUAGACGAGAGAAAAUCUAUGCUAAGACUACCAGCUACCGCACCGAGCUGUACUGCCAGGCUGUAGACUCACUGGACGGCCGUCUCAUUGGUUGCUGUAACACGGUCAGCAAAGACGAUGCAAGACUCUUGCGGCCGAGUGCUCGAGUCCCCUUCUUGGUUCUCUGUGACGUUCACUACGACCGGUUACAACGUCACAACUGCUGCCCAGGGUGUGGCAUCUUCUGUACACAGGGUAAGUUCGUGCAGUGUUGGGCUUACCACCAGUACCAUCGGGAGUGUCAGCUGGAGGUGGAGGGCAGGCAGGUGUGUCCCCAUUGUGGCAGCGAUGAUGCAUAUGAUGUCAACAUCAGUCUGGGAGCACAUAAAUAUCCUGUCUUCUUCCCCUUGCAGAAACCAACAAAGAAAACGCCCAGUGCAAAGAUGACAUUCACUUAUAAGGCUGACCAGUCAGAAGAUGACAAAAUGAAGGAGAUAGAUCAGAAUGGUCCGCUCGUGCCUGCUACCUCCCUAGUGCUGCCUUCCGGUCUACAGAUUUCCUCCAUGGGCUUGCCCGCCCCCCUGGACAAGGACAAGUUAGAACACUUAUUGCAUGUUGCGUGUUCUAUUGACUCUCUUAGUAUGCCAAGGUUUACUUUACGAAACAUGUAUCAAGCAGCCAAGAGUGGGGAAACAGAAAAAAUUGUUCACAUGCUUGCGGCUGGAUUGAAUCCAAACCAUGUGUUCCGAGAAUGGGGCAUGGGAUCAGCUCUACAUGCAGCCUGCCACAACGGCCAUCUCGCAGUGGUACAUCUGCUUCUGCAGGCUGGAGCCAAUACCGAUGUGCUUGACCGUGACCAGAAUACUCCACUCAUGUUGGCCUGUGCCAAUGGACACAAUGAAAUAGUCAAAUAUCUUGUUAAGGCAGGAGCUAGUGUUACAUUCAAGGGAGGUGAUGGAAUGACAGCUUUACACUUGGCUGCCAAGUCUGGAAACAUAGAAGCGUGUCACUACUUAAUAGCCAACCCGAACACUCCUCGUAACUUCAUAGACUCUGUAGAUGAUGGUCGAUGGACCCCUCUAGUUUGGGCAGCAGAACACAAGCACAUCGAUGUUGUCAAAUUUCUGCUCCAGAAGCGAGCUGACCCUCUAGUCAGAGAUGCAGAACAGAACAUCGCACUUCACUGGGCAGCUCUCUCAGGAUGCAUUGAUAUUUCGGAGGCUCUACUUAACUAUGGAUCAGAUGUCAACUCGACUAAUGCUCAUGCUGACACUCCAUUGCACAUAGCAGCCAGACAGAACGCGUACGAGUGUGUGAUAUUACUGUUGGCUAGAGGAGCUCGAGUGGACAUGCACAACCGUGCAGGUUUUAUGCCUCUAGACUGUGUCACUGGGGCACCCAAUGACACAUACACUGCCAUCAAAUUGAAUGUUGAGCUACGAAACCUAACCCUUAAUGUCCAGAAGCGAACUCACAAGAUACUAACCAAUGACAUAACCAGGGGUUAUGAAGCCAAUCCUGUGCAAUGUAUAAACUCAGUAGAUGAUGAAACUGAGCCCCAAGACUUCGUAUAUGUCACCGAAAACUGCUUUACUUCCAAUAUUAAUAUUGACAGAACCAUUACUUCUCUCCAGUCGUGCAAGUGCCGUGACAUGUGCGUGAGUGGAGGCUGCAUGUGUGGCAAGAUCAGUAUUCGUUGUUGGUACGACGAUGAAGGAAAGCUCUUACCAGAAUUUAAUUUUGCAGAUCCACCAAUGUUGUUUGAGUGUAACCAGGCUUGUAGCUGUAACCGUUUGACUUGCAAGAACCGUGUUGUACAGCACGGCAUCACAGCUCGAUUCCAGCUGUUCCGUACCAAAGGCAAUAAGGGUUGGGGUGUUCGUACUCUCAGACUCAUACCUAAAGGCACUUACGUGUGCGAAUAUAUUGGAGAGAUCAUAUCGGAUUGUGAAGCUGAUACUCGUGAGGAUGACUCAUACUUGUUUGAUCUGGACAAUCGGGACGGUGAAACUUACUGCAUAGAUGCCCGACGGUAUGGGAACAUUGCCCGUUUCAUCAACCACAGUUGCAUGCCCAACUUAUUACCAGUGCGUGUCUUUAUCGAUCAUCAAGACCUCCACUUUCCACGCAUUGCGUUCUUUGCUAACCAAGACAUACAGGCCAGCGAGGAACUGGGAUUUGACUAUGGUGAAAAAUUUUGGACAAUAAAAUCUAAAUUGUUCAAAUGUACAUGUGGUGCAGAACAGUGCAAAUACUCAGAGACUACUAUUGAGAAAACUUUGGCUGCUUACAACAAAAAACUGGAGCAAGAAGAGAAUCAUGAAUUAUAAGUGUUAAUACCAGGUAGUAAAUACGAAGGUUGUCCAGAAAGUAGCUCAUAUUUUGAUGAAACAGAAAUAAAAAGUACACAAAUACUGUAGAUGCAAAAAAUUUGAAGGACACACUCUUGAAAUGUUUUUAUUACUAUUACCAUUCAAAUUGAGUCACUUUAUUAUAACUGUGUAUUAGUUUAUCAAAUAUGUUUUUGUAGUAAUUUGCUUCCUGAGAAGUUCAUUACUAGCUGACAGGAUGUUUGUAAAAAUUGUCUAAGUUACUUGUAUAUAUGUGUCUUUGUUCAUGAACUAACUACCUUUUUGUCUUACAAUUGACAUUUCCAGUGGUGGUAAGAGAGGCAUCCUCAUUAGUUGUAUAAUACACCAUUUAGCAUUGAAGCCAUAGAUUGCUUUUGUUGAUUUCUUUCAAGUUUGUUAGAAAUCACCUGGCACAAAACUUAUGAUAGUACAUCUUCCAUAUAAUGGUUUCAUGCAAGAGAGUUUGGUGAAAGUUGUGGAAAAUGAUGUGCUUUGCAAUUGUGAAGUAUUGAAUUUUGAAAAUCUAAUAUUUGUAUUAUUCUAUCUACAAACCCUUCACUAAGUUGCUGUAAGUUCCAAUUGUUUUGCAUUUAUACUGGAGUUUUUGUGUUUAGUAUACUGGAGUUAUAAUCCAUCACUAAACACAAAUCAAUAUUGUGAAGCAAUAGAAAACAAAAAGUGAUUUCUAUUAUAACACAUAUUUUAUAAAUAACAGUGCUUAGAUUUUGAUAUUUUAAAGGUCAGAUAUAAGUAUAUAACAGUACAUAAAGUAUUUUUCGUAAACAUAUAUAUUUAUCCAUAUUCGUUUUGCGCAUUUUGAAAAGUUUGUGCCGACAAAAUUCUGUUAGGAUUACUUCUACUCAUCCCAGAGGUUGUGCACUCAGUAGUUAUGGCAAUUGUGCAUGUAAUGGAAUUAUCCACACGGUAUUAUACCCCUGAUAUGUUUGAAGCAGCUUAGUCUGCACACUUCCACUGCAAUACACAUCCUGAGUACACUCAGGAACAUUCUGAUUCCAAGCCAUUGGCUGAUAUUCAAUGUAAGAGUUUCUUUUUGGACAUCAUUCGUAGACUAAUGUUAGCUGAUUGUAGCGGUUCAUUCCUUUUUCAUCAUUUUUAAAACAACAGAAUGUUCUAUAAAUGGCAUAUUCUUACAACUAGAGAUAUGUUAAUUUUUUUUACUAAUAUUUGAAUUAUUAUUUCAAAUAACAUAGUGGUCUCCUUUGUUUGAGGUAAAAUAUUCAGUUUAAAAUUAGUUACAAUCUUCGUAACUACAAUUAGAAUAAAAUCGCUAAUUAAAUUAUAAAGUACAAUCUUAUUUAUUUGGAUUGAUUAGAAUUGGAAUUGAUCAGGGUAAACAAAUAUCAGGAUAAACCAGAAAUACAGUAAAAACACAAUAGAUUUAAGAUAAUGGGAAUUUAUUUGUUACAAUUAUAACAGUAAAAGAGAACAAUUUAUCAUUGUAUUAAUAUUAAUUAUUGAGAAAACUAAUAAAAUAACAAAUAAAAACCUAACUAAUUAUUUUCUAAAAUCGUAGUCAAUCUUAUUUGUGAAACUUUGGUACACUGCUUAUGAAAGUACAAUCGUCUAUACAUUUCAUGGCCCCAAUAUCCGCAAGGACUUCACUCAGAAUAAACCAUUACCCAGGCUAGCUGUGCCAUGGCAUCAGAGUGAGUAUUGACAAACUUCGGGUUCUUCAUUAACAGUAUUGUUUUUCCUGUCCUCUUUUACAGUUGAAGAACAAGGUGCGGAUACAAUUUUAUCACAUCGAUGCUACUGCUAGUCUGAAGCUAAUCAUUUACAUCUUUCAAAUUUAAAUUUCUACAACAUUGCUUAUUUCUUAUUAUUCUGAAUGUCAAAUAUGUGUUAACAUAAAACCAAAUUAUGCCAUAAAUUGAACAAAAACCAGUUUAAUCCUAAAAAUAUUGAACUUCCAUUCUUUAAAACCGGUCCGGAUAACCUGAUGAUCAGGAUAAAAGAAAUCUGAAUAAACAAGGUUGUACUUUAUUUUGUUUUUACUGAAAUGCAUGGUUUCCCUUUUUAUCGUUUAUAAUUUUGAAGUUGUCUUGUGAAUGAAUAAUAAGAACAUAAAAUAAAUAACUAAUUCAGAACAUUUCAUGUUUGCUUUCCUUUAUGCAAGCUUACAAGAAAAGUUAGUUACUGAUAAUCUGUAUGAAAUAUGAACAUAGCUAGGACAGCUUAUCACAUGGGUGAUAAAUUUAAUUGAAGCCAUGUUUAAAUGAGUUAUAUAGACUUGUAGUUUUUAAGUGUAACUAAAGCAUACAGUAAUAACUCUAGCAAUGCAGAAUAUAUUUAGUUAUAUUAAUGUACUGGUUGUAAUUACUUGUUAUUUUGCUAAAGCUUAAUGGUGUAUUAAAUUCUUUGUGAACAGAAAUAGUAGAUAGUCAUAGUGAACAAAUCUGAUGGUGUAAAUUCAGUGUAGCCUAAUGGACGAGAAGUUUCAUACUUGACCAUAAAUAUUAUUAAUUAUUGUUUAGUUAAAUGUUAAUUUUGUGAUUUAGCUAUUCAUAUUUAAGUUCAAAUUUUGCUACAUAAACUGUUUUGGAUACACUCCAAUUGACUUAAAUAUCUAAAUCAAUUGACACAUAUUAAGGUGAGGUUAUAUCCAUCUGUCUUCUUUCUACAGCUUUCUACAGACCUUUUAAACAUUAAUAUUGAUGUAUGACAUACAUUUUUCUUGAGUAAUAUGUUUCAACAAUUAUUAUUUUCUAAAAUAUACUUCCUAUUUGUAGACUAUGUAUAAUUUUGUGUUUAUGCAACUUUACUGCUUACCGUCUUUAGUUGAGCAAACUCCUCAAGUUUGACAUAGAACCGAUAACUUUACAAUUAAAUAGUAAAAUAUUUCAUAUACUAAAAUACAUUGUUAUUUGAGAAAGUUCCAUACUCUGUCAUAUUUAUUUCCAGUUGAAACUGUGCAAAGAACUAUAGAUUCAAUAUAGCACACUGAAUGAUUAUUUAAAAAAAUGUUACUGUAUGUUUUUAAAAUACCCAAAGUGUUCAUUAAAUAUUAAGUUAGCAUUUUAUUUAUUUAGCUUCUAAUAAUAUGUAUUAUAAUAUAAUAUGUAUUAUAAGUAAGUUCAAGAUUGUUUCAUCCUCAGUAAGAAUUUAUGAUAACCUGUAAAUUAUUUUAUGUGAAUAUUAUAAGCAUUUAUGUAUAAUUGUCAUAUGAAGUACAAUUGAGUGGUUUAAAUGUACAGAAACACAAUUCAGUAACAUGUUGUAUUUCAGUAAGAUUACAACACUCAGUGUUGUGAGCUUAGUUUGUUUACAGUUCUCUCACAAUAUUAUAUUUAUUCAUCAUUGUAUUUCAUCUCCACAUAAGCAAUUUAAUUACUUGAAUAAAGUUUUAGAGAAAAUAACUCAGGGCAAUGCCAAAAAAGUCAUUAUUGUAAAUACAAUAUUUUUAUUAAGUUA